CAGAGUCCCAAAGCAGUUGCUAACUGUAAGUUCCAAUAAACAAAAUUUACUGUUGUUGCCAUCACAAGUAAAGUUCAUGAAAGACUCCAAGUGGACAAUCGAAGCUUACUGCGGUGAGCAGAGACCGUCGGACUGGUCCACUCUUCCGACAUCUUCCCUGAGCUUUUUGAAUCAGUUGAAUUUGUCUGCGACGCAUCCAUUUUGCGGCUCAGAAGCCCCACAACCGUACGAGAUUCCCGGUGUGCCAUCCCAAGGCCCCUUGUUAACCAAUGAUCAUUUAGAGUCCUUCUGGGAUGUUGUUUUGACCAUCACAGCCAAAGGAGUCCCGAGUCUAAUUGCAAUUGGAGAACUUUGGUUGCGUCUAUGUAGCUCCAUUUUGGCUCCCAUCGGGUUGGCUCAUUUGCUGUACACAAGUAUCAAGGGGAUAUCGGAUCAAGAUUCCAAAACAGCUACACGUCCCCAGAAAGUCUUUCUUUCUGUUACGUGCCUCCUUUCGGUAGCUUCCUCGAUCGUUCUCUUCACCGAUACCUUGUAUGUGCUCGAAUACGGACCCGUCUACGCGCUAUUCCUUGUAUACGAUUAUGAGACUGGUGCGUUUACCUUCGGGGAUUCCGCGGAACGCUGUGAAAUAGCGGAAGGUCUUUACUACAACCAAGAAAAUGAAUUCAUCAACAAAUUGGUUGAACACUGGCCUCUGUCGCAACGCACGUACAGUAAAGAAUAUGGAGCGAGUCCUUGGAUCCCUACAGGUGACGGCCGGACGGGCCUCCCUUUCCUUUUGAACUUGGUUCGUGACUUUUCGUAUACACGUGUAUGGCUUCCUCUGGAUGAUGGCGAGGUGACGGCCUUGGAUAUUGGGUUUCCAGAAGCAGGCCACGAUGUCACAAAACCUCUCUAUCUUAUUCUACAUGGGCUUAACGGUGGUUCUCAGGAAGGCUACGUCCAAGACUUCACGUGGCGGCGCACAGGAGAGGGAUCGACGGUAGUGGUCAUGAUUGCACGCGGACUCGGCGAUUUGCCUAUUCGGGGAUGGGAUGUCUUUCACGGCGCCCGCAUUUCCGACGCUCAUACUGCGGCACUAAGACUUCGACAAACGCUCAUUGGAGACCAAAUACUGGCGGGCGUUGGCUACUCUAUGGGGGCCAUUAUCCUGAGCAACUAUGUUGCACGUUCAGGAGAGAAUUGCGCGCUCGAUUCGGCAGUUGCGAUUUCGGGAGGUCUCGAUAUGCGCUUCGAGGCUGAUUUCUAUCGAGCUCAGCGACUUUGGCAACCCAUGCUUGCACAGACUCUACGAGACGAUUUCGUGGUCGGUAAAUGGGGAGAGCGAGUUCACGCAAGAUUGACAAAAGACCAAAUGAAAAAUCUAAUGAGGGCCGCACACGUUUCAGAGAUUGACGAAACAGCUGUUGUAGCCUACAAUGGCUUUCGGGACUUGGAUCACUAUUAUUCCGAAAUGUCUGCGUUGGGGGAUAUCCCUAUUGAGGAGUACAAUGGUCCAUCGCUAGAGCCACAGAGAAGAAUCCAAAGCUUGUCGAUUCCUCUUUUGGUCAUUCACGCCCUGGACGAUCCGCUUGUAACGUUUCGGACUGUAGGCGCCAAUCAUGGUCUCAUGCAUCCUACAAACCUUACCAAAACAGGAACUGGAAAUUUGCUAUUGUUAUUGACCAAAGGUGGGGGGCACGUGGGAUGGCCGCUCGGUUGGUUCUUUUUUCUUAAUACUUGGAAGUGGAUGAACGAUGCCGCGAUGAGCUUCACCAACGCAGUGGACCAUUCCCGAAAGGAAGGUUGAAAUCAGAUAGAGAAAUAUACAUAUAAGCUGAUUUAAUGCAAGCUG